GUCAGUUUCUUGUUAGCUUCUGAACUUUAGGGUCCCUUCAAAUUCCUCUCUGUUUUCCAGUUCUUUUACAUAUCUAUUAACCAAAGCAGAAUUUACCUUAUUCUGAAAAUCUGAGCUUUUUGCACUGUAAAUCUUUUCAGAAAAACAUGAUUGUGUGUCAAUUACUCAUGGAGAGACACAACUAGGGAUGCUCUGUUUGUUUUUUCACCAUUUGCAUUAUAGUUGUGUGUGUGUAUGCUCAAGAAAAGCUUAAAGGUGGAGUUUUUGGUAUCUCUUCUAAUGGAAAAUUAUGUACAAGACGCCAGUGGGCUUUGAGUGAAUCUCAUUUUGCAUAGUAAAAGGAAAAUGUCAUUAAAAUCAAAGAAAGGAUGGAAAUCAGUCAUGCCCCUCCGUUUGAAGUCCAAAUCAUCAGCACAUUUUUGUUUGCUCCCCAAAACGAAGUCGGAUCGUUUUGCUCCUGGUGAGACACCAGUUUGUCUCAAUGUGUAUGACUUGACACCGAUGAACAACUAUUUCUACUGGGCUGGUUUUGGCAUCUUCCAUUCUGGUGUGGAAGUUCAUGGUGUAGAAUACGCAUUUGGAGCUCAUGAUUACCCAACCAGUGGUGUCUUUGAAGUUGAACCGCGACAAUGUCCUGGAUUUAAGUUUAGGAAGUCAAUAUUUGUUGGGACUACAAAGCUGGAUCCAAAUCAGGUUAGAGAGUUUAUUGAACAUCAAGCUGCUGCCUACAAUGGUGACUCGUAUCACUUGAUCGUGAAGAACUGCAACCAUUUUUGCAAGGAUAUAUGCCACAAGCUGACCGGGAAAAAGAUUCCAAAAUGGGUAAACAGGCUUGCAAAAUUAGGUUCAGCAUUCAACUGCAUGUUACCUGAGGCUUUGAAAGUUGCUGCUGUCGAAGACGAACCAAAUGGCCCAGAAUACGUUAGUGAGAAGAGAAGGCUGAGAAGUGCUUUCAGUUGUUUUUCUUCGAUUUCAACGAGACAACAGAAGUUAUCUACGUCUUCGUUAUUUCUACAGUCACCCCUUAAAGGUUGCUUACCUUCUUUGGAGUUGAGAAAGUCUAUCAAUCGCUCUUCAAAGGAAAGGUAAAACAUAACGUACUCUCUUGUGAUCACAUUUUCCUUUGAAGAAAAAUAUUGUGAAAGCUGCCCCAUGGUAUUUUCAGAAAACUAUAAAAUGAUGAGAUUAACAUUCUUUAAGAAGGUAUACUAUUUGUAAUGUGGCAUUGCAGUGUGUACAAUUUGCGUUCCUUGUUUGGUAACAUGUAUUUUGAGUAAA